UUACUGUCUGUGCAUCUUAUAGAGAGACAGCUGUGGCAUCAUUUCUGAACAGAAAACAAAUAACACCGUGUUGACAGUCGUAGGAUUCCUUCAGUACUUUUAAAAACUGAAUCACCGAUUUUUAGAAAAUUCGCAGUACGCAUGUUACCGAACAUGCGUAAAGAUGCGUGCGUAAAACUAAACUUCCACGCCGCUGCUGUGUCACAGAAGGUAACAGAGGAUGUAUUUCUACUUGAAAAGCUCACAGAGACCUGCGUCACCUACGGAGACAGUGAAUGGCACGAAGAGGUUUUGAUGGAAGCGUUUUGGUAACAGCGCAACUUUCUCCGGACUUUUAGUUUGGAUUGGCACCGCAGCGCCUUUCUGUUUUCUGCGCGUUUUAACGUGUCAGUGGAGUGGAGAUCGGAUCCUUUACUUGUACGAGAUCCUGAGGUUCUUGGAUCUCUUAAUUGUAACGUCUAUCUAUGUGUACAAAGUGGUUUAAAAGUGAGCUAAACUCCUCAUCAGGAGUAUCUUUAUUUUCGAGACCUUCAGGCACGGAAUCAGUGGAGUAUUCAUGAAGCAAUAUUUGAACUAUUACAUGAUGAGGCUGAGAACAUCGAGGUUAGGUUAUCUGUUACUUCAUUUCACGGCGCUUUGCUUUUACGCACAGAGCUCUGUGCAGCCUCCUCCUAAUUUCAAGCACCAUGUAACCGAGCAGAGCCGGGUGUCAGACCGGCUGAGCCGCAGGUUGACCCGAACCUACCAGCUGUACAGCCGCACCAGUGGGAAACACGUCCAGGUGCUGGCCAACAAGAGGGUCAACGCCAACGGAGACGACGGAGCAGUGCAUGCUAAACUGGAGGUGGAGACGGACUCUUUUGGAAGUCGUGUUCGUAUUAAAGGGGUGAAGACAGGCUACUACAUAUGUAUGAACAAGAGAGGAAAGCUGAUUGGCAAGCGGAAAGGACGAGGCAAAGACUGCAUCUUCACUGAGAUUGUUCUGGAAAACAACUACACAGCGCUCCAGAACGCCAAGUAUGAGGGCUGGUAUAUGGCUUUCACACGCAAGGGCCGCCCGAAGAAGGCAUCCAAGACCAAGCAGCACCAGAGGGAAGCCCACUUCAUGAAGCGUCUACCCAGGGGGCACUGGCUGAGUGAGAGGAGACCGUUUGAUGUUCUUCCUCUCACUGUACCCAUACACCCUUUCAGCAAGCGGACUAAACAUUUGCAUCACCAGCGCUCAGGGGGCCGCUGAGGGCUGAAACCACUGAGGGAGAACUGCAGAUCAGUCAGGACAGAAGAACCACUACAGGAGAAAACAUGUGCUCCCAGUGAAAUCAACUUUUACAGUCAAGUGCCCAUACACCUUUUUUGCCUCAUUUUGUGGACUUAUCAUGUAAUUCUUUGUACUGGACUCUAUGUAGACAUUGACUAUCUAAUCUGCUAGUUUCCAAUUCAGACAGACUUUAGAAAAUACAUUUUUUCUCCUAUUAAAUCAGGGGCAAUUAAAAGAUUGAAGGGCUCAACUACAUUGACUGAAAGGAAAACCUUUGGUUGUAAGGUAGUUAACUCAGCAACAGAGAAUGUUUAAAGGAGAAAUGAGUACAAUGAAUCUAGACAUGGCAGCUAUCUGAGGAUUUUCUUGUGUUUACAGCAUUUGAGUCUCAGUUAACCUGCUAUCUUGCCUCUUGGAGGC